AUGUUGCAGCAAUUGCUGAGUAGCAGCUGGCAAAGCAAGUGGGAACGGCUGCAUGGUGUAACCAACUACACGAGGGAUCAUCCCAGUCUACGUGGCACACCACUCGCAAUGCUGGCGGCGCAAUGCAACAAAUUAUCUAGUAAAUCGCCUCCUCCUUUGGCAGACGCAGCUGUAGGCAAAGGUUUCCAUCCUUGGAAGAAAAGUCCUACAUCGCCGUCGAGCGGUGGUGGCAGUAGUGGCGCAUCGAGUGGCUCGCUUUCCGGCGUUGCUGGUGGUCAGCAUUCGCCCUGUACCAUCUCUUCCGCUUCGUCGUCCUCCGGUUCCGGCUCGUCGGCUAGCAGUUUAGGUUUGGGUGGCACUUCAUCUGCCACGUCAUCGCGUAGUCUGCCCUCAUCCAGCAUCAAUACAAUGGUCAACAUCACGGCUAGCAUUUAUCCUUACAGUCGUCCGAUUUCGUCGUCCUGUGCUGCAGUCAGCAAUCCCUCGGCUUACGGCAGCGAUCUUUACUUCCCGAAUACGAGCGGUGCCAGUGGCGGCAUGGUCGCUGAUAACCAUCAUAUGCAUCAGGGUCUGUUGGGUAAAGUGGAGGGUGCUACAUUCGGCUCGGUCUACUCACGCCAUCCAUAUGAUUGGCCAUUCAAUGCUGUUACGGCGUCCGCGCAUAAAGCGGCCGAGGCAGCUAGCGUUAACUCAGGCUGGUGGGAUAUGCAUAGUGCUGGCAGCUGGCUAGAUAUGGGAGGCGCCGGCAUGCACUCAACAAUGGCAAAUUAUGCUACGGCAGCCGGUUCCGAUUACUCGUCCGCAUUGUCGCAUUCGCUCUCCAACACCGCUCAUCUGCUGGGCUCCGGACAACAUCUGCUGCAGGACACCUACAAGAGCAUGUUACCCGGUCAAGGUGUGGGUGGCUUCUCGCUGCCGCAUAGUUCGCCGUCGGCUGCUUCAACUGCAGCCUCGCCACAAGCAUCUACGCCAUCAACACCAUCGCCGCGUUCACAAAGACGCUAUGCCGGUCGUGCUACAUGCGAUUGUCCCAACUGUCAGGAAGCCGAACGGCUCGGUCCAGCUGGCGUGCACUUGCGCAAGAAGAACAUACACUCGUGCCACAUACCUGGUUGUGGUAAAGUGUACGGCAAGACUUCGCAUCUGAAGGCGCAUCUACGUUGGCACACCGGCGAGCGACCAUUUGUAUGUAAUUGGCUCUUCUGUGGCAAACGUUUCACACGCUCCGAUGAGUUGCAACGACAUCUGCGCACACAUACGGGCGAAAAACGUUUCGCUUGUCCCAUCUGCAACAAGCGCUUCAUGCGCAGCGAUCACUUGGCUAAGCAUGUGAAGACACACAAUGCCACCGGCCAGGGUGGCAGCAUGAAGAAGGGUUCAUCGGAGUCGUGCAGCGAUUCGGAAGAGCCUGGUAAUCAGUCCGGCGAGUCGAAUGGACUAUCGUCUGGUAAUGGACAGCAAAGCGGUGGUGGCAGUCACCCGGGUACGCCCAAUUCACAUCAAUCAGGCGGUCCGGGAAAUACAACACCAACGGGUGGGCUGUUGGGUAGCAACAUGCACCUAUCAUCGGCGCACAACAUGUCCGGUGGUUCACCAGUAAUGCUGCACGCCCAACAACAACACCAUCAACAGCAGCAACAACAGGCGCAUGCGCAAGCGCAGGCACAGGCACAAGCACAGGCGCAACUGCAACACCAUCAACAACAGCAACAAGCACAUGCGCAUGCGCACUUGCAUCAUCACCACCAUCAUCAUUUGGUAGGCAAUUCGGCGCCCAGCCCUGGGCUAGAUCAUCACAGCACAUUGGUGGAUAUUAAGCCGCCGAUGGUUUGAGGGUCGUUGGGACCCUUUCUAUUUACCAACUGAGGUGAAAUCGAGAACGGGUCCUAUGAUGAACUACUUUCACAGCUGAUGAGUGGAGCGAAAGACGGACGAAUGUGGGAGCGAUGGGAUGUGUAAUGCAUGAGAGCGAUUGAAGAAGGGGAGCGAGGGGACAGCGAAUUGAAAUACAAAACGAAUUGUAAAUAAUGCUUGUAACAAUGUGUUGUUGUAAAAUGUAAAACAAUCAAAAAUGCUUAACUAAGUGUACAACUAAAGAAAGAAGAUGCAAAUCACUAAGAAAUACAAAAUGGCAAAUACGAUUUUACUCAGAAUUUCUUGUAAAAAAUUAUCAUAAAAAAUAAAUCGAUUCAUUUUAUUUUUCAGAUAGUGGAUGGAAAAAUACAAACAUGCAUGUGUUUGUAUGCAUGUAUAAGUAUAUGAAAUAAAAUAACUGAAAAUGAAUUUCUCAAACAAAAAAUUUGCUUAUUAAUUUUCAAAGUUAAAUAUCACUGUAGCAGCGGAUAAUGGAUAAAAUAAAAAUAAAAAUUCUAGUCCAAUUAAAAAAAUUAAAAGUAAAAUUAAGAAAAGCAAAAUAAAAUAAGUGACAAUUUAAAUCAGCUUGAAUUUGCUUGUGAAAAUACUAAGCCUCUAACCUUUAAGCCUUUGAGCCACCUUUUUGUUAGUGUGUGCUUCUUGAUUUUAAUAAAUAUAAAAAUAUUUAAGAAUUCUUAAAUAAAAUUACGGUCAAAUGCAAAAUGUCUAAACUAAUGGUGUAAUCUGUUUUCUAUAAAUAAAAUCGAAAAUCUUACAAACACAUGAAAAAUAAACCACACACACACAUUGACACAAAUGAAAAUAUAUUACUUUAGUGUAUAGCUAGUUUUUGAAUAAAACUAAAAAAAAUUAAUAAAAAUUAAAUAAGCAUUGUUGAUUUUUAGCUAAACGGAAACUUAAAUAAAUAAUAAAAUUAAUAAAUUAAACAAACGAGUGCAGCAGCGAGCAAAGAAAUACUAAAUAUAUUGACUAAAUACAUUAGUGAAUAAAAUUACUGUAGCUUGCAUAGUUUUUAAAUACCAAAAUAUUUAAAUUUUAAUUUUAAUGCUUUCGAAAUGCAAAAGAAGGCGUGUAUUUUAUGAAAAUAUCUAUUUUAAUAUUAUGAAUAUGGAAUGAAAAUACACAUUUCUGUAAUAUUAAAAGUAUCAAGUGGGCGAAGAGUUGACUAAGAUCUUUGGAAAUACUUGUUAAAAAAUGUAUGGACAUUUCAUUUUUUUUUUUUUAUCAGAAAUAUUUUUGUGUUUUAGAAAUUUCCAAAUCUCAGCGAAGCGUUAAAAAGUACACAAAGCUUUGCUGGAAGUAAAAAUUCUUAGCUUUCAUUGCAAAUUUGAUACUUUUAAUAUUUCACAGAUGUGCGAGACAUUUGUAAAUUAUUUUUAAAUAUUGCAAAUAAAACUAUUAAUAUGAAUAUGAUUAUUACAA